AUGGAGAGAUCCAAGUCAAGGCUAGACUCCCCGGAAAGGGCAAGUUCAAUAACCUCCAGAGCAACCACGUCACACGAAAGCAUCAGUCAGGACAAGCUAGAUGACAUCGAGAAAGCUCCAACUGCAGUUGGAAGCCCGCAGACCUUGCCCCUUGAACAUGACCACAACUUCAAGCCGGAAGCUGACCUGGAAAAGUUACCCGGUCAUGGCAAGCCCCGAAGAGAGUCUGCAUCUACAAAGUUCGGCGGUGAAGAGGAGAACCCGAACGUGAACGUAGCAUUCCAAGGACCAGCGACACCAUCCACAGUACACAAGGCCAAGGGUGCGACCUACCAAAAUGUGGGAGAAAGUGGCAUCAAGAGGAUGCACAAAUUUUCUCUCUACGAAACCAGUUCUCGCUUCUACCUCAUCGGUGCCGAUAUCACAGACAGGCAAUUUCGCGUGUUAAAAAUCGAUCGAACAGCUGCGCCGGGACACUUGAAUAUCUUCGAAGAUGAUAUAGUGUAUAGUCGGCGAGAGAUGCACCAGCUCCUGGACACAAUAGCAGAUGGCAACAAAGCCACGGGAGGCAUGAAGUUAAAAUGCAGUACGUGGGGGUUGCUGGGAUUCAUCCGCUUUACUGAGGCCUACUACAUGCUCUUGAUAUCUAAGAGAUCUCAAGUAGCUAUGCUAGGUGGCCACUACAUCUAUCAGAUCGACGGUACAGAGAUGAUUCCUCUGACGACGGGGUCAACGUCGAAAUAUCAAAAGGACAGGAAUCCAGAAGAGGCGAGGUUCUUGUCGAUUCUCAACAACAUGGACCUUACGCGAUCGUUUUAUUUUUCGUAUUCCUACAAUGUGACAAGGAGUUUGCAGCAAAAUAUCAUCCAACAACGCACUGCAUUAAGUCAAGGCAUCUCAAACCCGGAUCGCGACUAUCAGGAUAUGUUCGUUUGGAAUCACCAUCUUCUUAACCCUGCACGCGAUGCUCUGAAGAACAUGUACGAUUGGUGCCAUCCGAUUAUACACGGUUAUGUCGAUCAGUCUUCUCUCGAUGUGUUUGGCCGACGGGUAUAUCUUACCAUUAUUGCGAGACGAUCGAGGUUCUUCGCCGGUGCUCGAUUUCUGAAGCGCGGAACGAACGAUUUAGGUUACGUCGCAAAUGAUGUUGAGACUGAGCAGAUUGUGUCUGAACAAACAACAACGUCCUUCCAUGCACCCGGACCAAGGCUUUAUGCCAAUCCCAGCUACACAUCCUAUGUUCAACAUCGAGGUAGUAUACCACUAUAUUGGACCCAAGACAAUACUGGUGUCACACCCAAGCCUGACAUUGAUCUUAAUCUUGUGGAUCCCUUCUACAGCGCUGCAGCAUUGCAUUUCGACAACCUUUUCGAACGAUAUGGAGCUCCUAUCUAUGUUCUCAAUCUAAUCAAGGCUCGAGAACGAACGCCGAGAGAGUCCAAAUUGCUUCAUGAAUACAAGCACGCUGUUGACUAUCUGAACCAGUCUCUACCCAAGGACAAGAAGAUACUGUAUGAGGCAUUCGACAUGUCUAGAGCAGCGAAAACAAGAGGACAGGACGUCAUAGGCACCCUAGAGAACCUUGCUGAGAAGGUGAUGCGUAAAACGGGGUUCUUCCGGAAUGGCGACAGUGAGUUCGAUGAACCACAGGUGCAGAACGGUGUCGCUCGAACGAACUGUAUUGACUGUUUGGAUCGAACAAAUGCAGCGCAGUUCGUCAUCGGAAAGCGAGCCCUCGGUCGUCAGCUACAGGCGUUGGGUCUCAUUUCUGGAAACACUGUAGAGUACGAUUCCGAUUGCGUCGAGCUAUUUACGCAAAUGUUCCAUGGCCACGGCGACACAAUCGCAAUUCAAUAUGGGGGAUCACAUCUCGUUAAUACAAUGGCUACGUACCGAAAAAUCAACCAAUGGCAAAGCAGCUCGCGCGACAUGGUGGAAAGCUUCAAGCGAUACUAUCACAAUUCCUUUCUUGACUCGCAGCGACAAGAAGCUUAUAAUUUGUUCCUCGGAUAUUACACAUACUCGCAUGGUCAGCCAAUGCUUUGGGAUCUUUCGACUGAUUAUUACCUUCACCACCAAAGCCCGCAAACCGUGUUGGAUCGAAACCGGCGAGAUUAUAUCAACUGGUAUACUCUUUCUCAUCUUCAACAGCGUGCACUGCCACCCUCGAUCAUGCCUGCAAGGCCGACAGAAGAGACUGCUUUUGACUUUAUCAGCUUCCGCGACGACUAUUGGCUGGAAUACUACCGGCCAUUAGCCAUAUCUUCUUACCUCAAAAUAUUUGCUUUUCGGCUUGCUAAGCCACGGCCUGGACGGGAUGGGACUUAUCCAUCUCGAAAGGAAAACAUGUCUCCAUUUGUUCCUCGAAAGAAGCAGCAAGAGCUUGACGCGGGAGGAAGAGACGAAAAGAAAAUGCCCCGGAAGGGGGUCACUAUUAUUGACCCAUCAAGUGAGACUGAGUCCAGACCCGAUCGCUUCCCUGCGCCUCGUGGGAGAAACUUACAUAAUAAUGUACCCCAUCCAGACCAGCGGGCCCGACAAUCUAUUCUUCGAGACCCUCACUUUGAGACACAUAUGUCUGCUUCGACAUCAUCAGCCUACCAGUCCAUGAACAACUCAACUUCCACGUCCACAGGCCUUUCGUCGACACUCAAGCCCGGCUUCAAGCCAGCCGACAAAGCCCUAGUCCACCAAUGGACUCUGCGCCAAUUCUACGAAAACAGCAUGAACCCCUCAGUCGCUCCGAGUGAAGAAGACGAAUACUCGCGCUAUAUCGAGCACCCACUCAACCUCCCCCUAGUUGUCAGCAGCGACAUUCCCACUGCCGACGACCCCAUCGCAAUGGAAUACUACGACUACCUCUCCGUCACCGAAUCUAGCGCCACGCCACCCAAGGACUUUGACGAAGACGGCAUCCAGAUCACACUAUCAGAGCAAGCCCGGCUAGACACCGACGCCGCAUCCGUUCACUCCUUCACUUCGCACCACGCGCGGCCCAUGACGUCUCAAUCCGUCAGCACCCCCUUUUCCCACGCCCCUUCAUAUUCGUACCCCCAAUCAUAUAAUCACCAUCCUCACGUCUACAACGAUGUUCCGCCCACACCUUUGCGUCAGCAUCAUCACCAUCACUAUCCGCUAGUGUCUGGAAGCAAAUUCCAGACACCCGAAGAGGAUAUAGAGGAGUUUGAGGAGUUUCUGCGGGUGAGGGAGAAUCCGCUGGAUGUCGAGAAUGAGGAUACGGGCAAGAAGCGGUAUAAGGCGUAUAGACAGUGGUUGAGGGGUAAGAGCUUUUUCAAGCAGAGUAAGGUGGAUCCGGAGUGGCAGAAUCAGUUGCCUGUUAGGUGA